GGAAGAAGAAGAAGGAGAAGGAGAAGGAGGAGAAGAGGAGGAGGAAGAGAAGGAGGAGGAAGAGGAAAAGGAAGAGGAAGAAGGAGAAGAAGAAGAAUUUGUGGGUCAGGAAGGUAGCAAGUUAAAACACUUCGUGCAGCAGAGGCCAGAAGACCAAGAGACUCCCAUCCACACUGAGAAGGCCUCCACAGAAACCUCGAAAUAACCUCUCACGAGAUGCAUUCGAGGAGCAGGCUGGCAGGGUGCAAAAGGGGCGGAUGCAGCCGCAGAUGGGUCAGCCGUCCCAGUCAGAGGUAGGAGCAGCCACGACCAUUAAAGAGGAGACCUUUCUGAAGUCAAGAGGUUUCAAGAAUCCUUCCGAAGCUCCCCAUUCAUAUUGGUCAGGGCCAGAUGACAGGUCUCAAAGGUAUUACAUGUCCAACUUCUUUCUCCGGAGCAGCUCCACCGAUGAAAGCUUGCUACCCCUGACACCCCGGCAGCUGGCAGCCUUCCAGGAUAUCUUCAAACUGUUCAGUUGCAGCCCAACAGGUACUGUGGACAUGCAUAGCAUGAAAGUUGCCCUGCGCAACACGGGAAUCCAGCUGGGCCCACAGGAGAUGUGCGAGGCUCUUCGGCUGGCCGACUUAGAUGGUGAUGGAAUUGUAAGCUUCAAGGAUUUCCUGGGUGUCCUCACUGACAAUCACCGUCUGGCCCAGUGCAUGGGCCAAAUGAAGGGCAAUCGGGUCGGCGAGCCGCCAGACCUGCACACCCUGUUCCUCGAGGUGCUAUUCAAACUACUGAGUCAAGGUUUUGUGCCCGCCAAAUCAAGGCAGGAGGUGACAAGCUACUAUUUCAAGAAGCAGCGGGCCCUGCGGCUGAGCUUGUGCGCUCGGAACCGGGCGCGCGGCCAGGGCCGACCUGCGCGUGCGUACACGGGCCUCACCUUCUUCUGCCAAGCUGCGCGCCUCAAUGGCCUCUCCAGCUCUCAGCUGGCGCGCUCCCUGCACACACUGUGCAAAGCAGUACUGUCCCCGCCUCUUCCUCUUCUGGGAUCCUGCCCCAGGUGGGCGCAGCCCCUACACUCAGAUUCCCAACCUCGCUGGGCGCCCGAGGACAGAACGCAAGGCUCGAGUUCCAGAGUCCGACGUCCGCCUCCCCAAGCCCCAACAGCCAGGCCGCCCCAAGCUCCCUCCCAACCUUGGGCCACUCUGCAAAGGUCCCCUCCGCCCUCCCGCCGGGCUAAUAAGCCAGCCGCUGGAGCAAAUGCGCCCCUCGAAGCUAGUUUCUUCCCCGCCAACUCUAGUGCAGAAGCACCCCUCCUCCCCUUCGCCAGCCUGUUUCCAGAGAUGUGCUAUGAAGAGCUUGUACAAGUAAACCGUUUGCUGAGCGAAACUGGCUACGCCUGGUGGGAUCAGGCACCGAGCCGACGCGCAUCUUUUGCAAACAUCUUUAUUAAUCUUGUAUAAAAAUAAGGUCCAUGGAGAGUCCUCCGA